AUGAAGAUUUUAAUUGAGCUGAAGAAAGUAAAUUUUUCCCGAAAUGGCUAUGAUGUGUCAUUUGACGCUAAUGGGGAUCCUGUGGCUAUUUAUGAACUGGUUAACUGGCAGAAAAAUGAAAAGGGCGCAACUGACAUGGUGACUGUAGGGCUGUAUGAUGCAUCACGGCCCGUGGGCCAGGAAUUCCAGAUCGACAAAAACAUUACCUGGAUGGAGGGUAGCAUGAAAGUGCCAGUGUCAGUGUGCACGGACAGUUGUCCUCCAGGAACUCGUAAAGUGUUGCAGAAAGGAAAACCCAUCUGCUGCUAUGACUGUACAGCAUGUCCUGAGGGGGAGAUCAGUAAUAGCACAGAUUCGACUGAUUGUUUACCUUGUCAAAAAGAAUUCUGGCCUAACGCAAAGAGAGACACUUGCAUCCCUAAGCCUGUAGAGUAUCUUUCCUUUCAAGACAUCCUAGGAAUCAUCCUGGCUACAUUCUCAGUUGUGGGUGCCUGUCUGACCAUCGUAAUUGCAGCUGUAUUCUUUUGUCACAGGAAAACUCCAAUUGUCAGGGCCAACAACUCUGAGCUGAGCUUCCUGCUGCUCAUCUCACUGGCUCUGUGUUUCUUAUGUUCAUUAACUUUCAUUGGAGCACCAUCUGAGUGGUCCUGCAUGCUGCGUCACACUGCAUUUGGGAUCACCUUUGUGCUCUGUAUCUCCUGUGUACUUGGGAAGACUAUAGUGGUUUUAAUGGCUUUUAAAUCGACACUUCCAGGUAGUAAUGUGAUGAAAUGGUUUGGCCCUCCACAACAAAGAAUGACUGUUGUGUCUUUCACCUUUCUUCAAGUUUUAAUAUGUACUGUUUGGUUGGUAGUGAGCCCUCCCUUUCCAAUAAAAAAUCUAACCACGUACAAGGAGAAAAUCAUAUUGGAAUGUGCAUUAGGCUCUGCUGCUGGCUUCUGGGCUGUGCUUGGAUACUUAGGCAUACUUGCUGCCUUUUGCUUUGUUUUAGCAGUCUUAGCCCGCAAAUUACCUGAUAAUUUCAAUGAAGCCAAGCUUAUCACCUUCAGCAUGCUGAUAUUUUGUACUGUCUGGAUCACAUUUAUCCCAGCAUAUGUCAGCUCCCCUGGGAAAUUCACUGUAGUUGUGGAGAUUUUUGCAAUUCUGGCCUCCAGCUUUGGGCUAAUAAUGUGUAUAUUUGCUCCCAAGUGUUUUAUCAUAUUGUUCAAGCCUGAGAAGAACACUAAGAAAUAUUUAAUGAACAAAAAUCAAUCAUAGUAUA